UUAAGUUUUUUUGUUAGUUUUCCUUUGGCCGAUCAUUUAUUUUAAUAAAUAUAUUAUUUCUUUCAAUAAAUAAUAUAAUAAUUUAGUAUUACUUUCCACACAUCCCUACAUUGUAGCUAUAUACGGUGUGAUUUAUAAAAAACAAUCAUGAGUCUCUUUUUGAAGCCGGAACACAUACUUCAAGGGGGUUACUUCAACGCAACAUUGCGGAAACUUCAAGAGCCUAAUACUAGUAUUGAACCUCACAAUAUCAUGUAUCCUGUGUUUUUGUUAGAACAAGAAGAUGCCAUACAAGCUGUGACAAGUAUGCCAAAUGUGUACAGGUAUGGCAUCAACAGAUUGAUUCCAGCACUUGAGGAAUUGGUUGGAAAGGGCCUCAAAUCUAUUCUUAUUUUUGGGAUUGUUACGGCUUUGCCUAAGGGACCAGAAGGAAGAAGUGCAGAUUGUCCUGAGAACCCAGUAGUUAAAGCUCUGCCAAAGAUACGUGCGAAAUUCCCCAAUUUACUGAUUGCGUGUGAUGUGUGUCUCUGCCCUUACACGUCGCAUGGACAUUGUGGCUUGUUAACAGCCAGCGGUGCUAUUGAUCAUGCCGCUUCCGUGAAGAGGAUAGCAGAAGUUGCUCUUGCUUAUGCUAAAGCAGGAGCGCAUAUAGUAGCGCCGUCGGACAUGAUGGAUAACAGGAUCAAGGCCAUAAAGGAUGCUCUAGUAGCCAAUAGUCUGCAGAAUCAGGUGUCAGUGUUGUCCUACUCAUGUAAAUUCGCGUCGUCAAUGUACGGUCCGUUCCGUGACACCAUGAAGAGUUCCCCGAUGGAAGGGGACCGCAAGUGCUACCAGUUGCCUCCCGGCAGUGCUAAUCUCGCCGCAAGGGCUGCGGCUCGUGAUGUUGCGGAGGGUGCUGAUUUCUUGAUGGUGAAGCCUGGUCUUCCCUACUUGGACAUCGUCAGGCAGACAAAGAACCAGUUUCCCCACCAUCCCUUGUUUAUAUACCAGGUCUCUGGCGAGUACGCGAUGCUAUCCCGCACUGUCGAGAAUGAAGAGGUCAAGAAUACCCUGAUGGAGGUACUGACGUGUAUGAGGAGAGCUGGCGCAGAUUGCAUCAUUACUUAUUUCGCUCCACUAAUUCUCAGCAUAAUAUCACAACAAAAAUCAUAGAUAAUAAAGAACAGUUAAUAAAUUUACACGUAUACAUACAUUCGUUUUGAUAGUGAAGUACUAUUUCUUUUGCUCAUUUUUAGCGAUAAUAUUAUAAGUACAUAAACUGUUGUUUACAUUA